UAUAUACAUUUUGUAGGGACACGUAAGCGCUUGCGCAUGCAGUUAUUGCAUUACACCGCACCAGUUGCCCGGCGCCGGUCUUUAUGUAAACACAUGUACCAUCUUACGGAAUAAACGGUGUUUUCAUUACUGUGUAUUAGUUCUUUAUUACUGAAGUCACAAUUAGUAACAACAUCUACAGUAGUGAUCCAAAAGUGGUGACCCCGACGUGAUUUAUAUGAAACGAAAAUUGUGAUUAAUAAUGACGACACCAGGAGUUCCGGCAACUCAACUAGCAUUGUCGCAGACUUCAGCGGACAUUAUGGCGAUCUCGCUAUCGACACGUAUACCAGAAUUUUGGACAGAGCAACCAAGAGCAUGGUACAUUAGGAUCGAGUCUAUACUCGCCCCACAGAAACUUGGGGAUGAAGUUAAAUUUGACAUUGUCGUAUCGAAAUUACCAAAAGAAGUCAUUAUUCAACUAACGGAUUUUCUAGCUAAGCCACCGGACACAGGAAAAUUUCUGGCGUUAAAAACGAAAUUAUUAUCAACAUUUGAGGAGUCCAAAAGUCGACAAAUUGAAAGACUCAUAGGAGAGAUGGAACUAGGAGAUCAAAAACCUUCUCAGCUAUUGCGCCGCAUGAGAGAGUUAGCCAGAGAUAAAGUACCGGACGACACCCUGCGAGUGUUAUGGCAAGGUCACUUACCUACAACAUUGAGGGCAAUCCUUACAGUCACUGAAACAAAAGAUUUAGACAACCUCGCCAUGAUUGCGGAUAAUGUUGCGGAGGCCACGCGAGUUAACCACAUCUCUGAGGUCGUUAAUCAGCAAACCUCGAAUAUGGAACGACCAUCAACAAGCGACACGUCUUUAAUUUUAGCGGAAAUAGCAAAAUUAAGCGUCAGAAUGACUAACAUGGAGCAGUCACGAUCCAGACAAAACUACUUUGAUCGUAACCGUGAUAGAAGUGGCUCACGAUCUUCAUCAAGACGCCGUACCCCACAGAACCCCAACUGGUUAUGUUACUACCAUUACAAGUUCCGUCAGAAUGCUCAGAAAUGCGUCCAACCAUGUGCAUGGAAACCAAGUUCGGAAAACUAGGCGUGGUACGGUCGCGGGCGGAAGCUAGUACCAUUUUAGGAUGCCGCCGUUUGUGUGUGAUGGACUACAAUAGUGGACUAAAUUUUUUGGUGGACACAGGUGCUAAUAUUUCAGUUUUGCCGGUGCCUAAAAUAAGUAAAUUUAUCAAAAAUCCUAACUAUAAGUUAUAUGCAGCCAAUGGAACUGAAAUUGCAACAUUUGGUGAAAAAACGUUAGUGCUAGAUUUGAAGCUACGUCGCGCUUUCCGAUGGAACUUCGUGCUUGCAGAUGUUAAACAGGCUAUAUUAGGGGCGGACUUUUUAACUUCUAACAAUCUUUUGGUUGAUAUGGGUGAACGUAAGCUUAUCGAUAAGGUAACAGAUCUGAAUGUAUUAGCUUGUAUUGUUGUUAGCAAUCAACCUUCAUUGCAUACUGUUGAUGUGAGUCAUCCAUAUCGUGAUUUGUUAGCGCAGUACCCCGACAUUACGAAACCAGCGUCAUUUAAGGAAGUAAGUUCUCAUAACGUUUUGCAUUAUAUUGAAACUACUGGUCCACCGGUGCAUGCUCGUGCUCGACCACUGGCACCUGAGAGAUAUAAAAUAAUUAAGGAGGAAUUUCGGAUCAUGCAGGAAUUGGGUAUUUGUCGGCCUUCUAAAAGUGCUUGGGCUAGCCCGUUACAUAUUGUCCCCAAGAAAAAUGGAGACUUAAGACCAUGUGGUGAUUAUCGUCAAUUGAACGCUAUUACAAAACCUGACAGAUACCCUAUUCCUCGACUGCAUGAUUUUACUUAUAUUUUGGCUGAUAAAAAGAUAUUUUCAAAAUUAGAUAUCAAUAGAGCAUUUCAUUGUAUUGAUGUUGCUCCUGAAGAUAUUGAAAAGACUGCCAUAAUAACGCCUUUCGGUCUUUUUGAAUUUCCUAAAAUGACAUUUGGUUUGCGGAAUGCGCCACAAACAUUCCAACGCUUUAUGAAUAACACUGUCCUACAAGGCCUUGAAUUCCUAUUCAGUUAUCUCGAUGACGUCAUCAUUGCUAGCGAGAGUCUUACUCAGCAUAACGAGCAUUUACGAAUAGUUUUUGAAAGAUUCAAUUCUUAUGGCAUAACCAUCAAUCUAGAUAAAUGUUGUUUCGGCCAGCCUAAAGUUGAAUUUUUGGGGCAUGAAGUUAGUGUAAACGGAAUAACACCCCUUAAGAAUAAAGUAGAAGCUAUAAUUAAUUUUCCGAAACCGGAAACAGUAUCGGAUUUACGCCGUUUUUUGGGCAUGGUCAAUUUUUAUAGGCCGCAUCUACCUAACUCAGCCUUGCAUCAGGCAGAACUUAAUAAGUAUUUAAUUAAUUCUAAAAAGAAAGAUCAAACUAAGAUAGUGUGGACUGAUAGUGCGGAAAGCGCUUUUGAGAAAUGUAAGAUUGACCUUCAACAGGCGUUGACCUUGGCGCAUCCGUCAUCAACGGCCCCACUGGCUUUAAUGACCGAUGCUUCUGAUACGUGUAUGGGCGCAGUUUUGCAACAAAAAGUAAACGGAGUUUGGCAGCCCUUAGGUUAUUUUUCAAGAAAAUUAUCGCCUGCCGAACAAAAGUAUUGCACAUACGAUCGCGAACUAUUAGCAAUCUACAAAGCGAUGAUAUAUUUUCGUAAACUAUUUGAGGGACGACCUUUAACUGUAUAUACAGAUCACAAGCCCUUGUGUCAUGCAUUCAGUAAAAUAUGUAAAGACGAUAAAGAAACGCCUAGACGCGCGAGGCAUUUGCUUUUCAUUAGCGAAUUUACUACCGAUAUUCAAUAUAUUAGCGGACAGGACAAUAUUGUAGCCGAUGCACUAUCACGGGUAGAAACAAUUGUAUGCCCGACUGUACUCGACUACGAACAACUUGCUGACGCGCAAAUGAAAGACGAGCAGUUAUUACAACUCACUCAAUGUCCUAGAAGCGAUAGCAAAAUUAUUUUAAAAAAGCUCUCAAUACCUACGUGCGACAAAGAAAUUUUUUGCGAAGUAUCUGGGAAUAAAAUUAGGCCGUAUUUAACCGAUGACUUUAAACGUAUUGCAUUUGAGAGCCUACAUAAUUUAAGCCACCCAGGUAUACGUACAACCCGUAAAAUGAUCACUAACACUUUCUUUUGGCCCAAUAUGAAUAAAGAUAUCGGUUUGUGGGCAAAAACAUGCAUACGGUGUCAAAAAUCUAAAAUAUACAGACAUACUAUCUCAGACUUAGGUAAUUUUGUUGACGCCGGUCGUUUCGAGCAUAUUCAUGUGGACAUAGUCGGACCUCUGCCGACAUCUCCACAGGGAUUCAGGUAUUGCAUUACUAUCAUCGAUAGGUGUACGCGAUGGCCGGAAGCAUUCCCCGUACAUGACAUUACAGCCGAUAAAGUUGCAAAGACAAUAUAUGAUGGUUGGAUCACACGUUUCGGAUGUCCAGUCAGGAUCACUAGUGACCAAGGACGUCAAUUCGAAUCAAAUUUAUUUUUAAACUUGACUAAGUUAUUAGGGAUCAACAAAAUUCGCACCACACCGUAUCACCCACAAAGUAAUGGCGCAGUUGAACGAUGGCACCGGUCAUUAAAGGUGGCACUGAUGACAAGGCUAAAUGAUACUUCUUGGGUAGACGAAUUAUCUACGGCAAUGUUUGGUUUACGCGCGUCCGUGCGCACUGAUAGCGGAGUCAGUGCAGCACAGUUAACCUACGGUAAAAAUAUACGUUUACCUGGAGAUUUUUACGAUGUCAGUAAGGAGGAAAAUUUAUGCGAGCCACUUAGCUUAGUAAACAAAAUACAAAAAAUUAUUAAAAGUUUUCGUCCAGUAAGAGAAAACCAAACCUCGCGAUCAAUUUUUGUACAUCCAGACCUACAUAAAUGUAGUUUUGUUUUCGUUCGAGACGAUGCAGUUCAUAAGUCGCUUAAACCGCCUUACGAUGGCCCCUUUAGAGUUAUUGAAAGAGGACCGAAAGUUUUCUUAGUGCAAUUAUUUGACCGUCAAGCUCGUAUAUCGAUUGAUAGGUUAAAACCUGCUUACGUCCUCAAAGAAAAUAAUAAUGAUAAUACGAUUAUAUUAGAUAAUGAUGUAACGCGUGUUCCGAGGCCCAACAUUUUACCACCUAAACACUUUGUGACUAGAAGUGGACGCGUAAUUAAACAGCCUUUAAGAUUUUUAGACUAGUAUUAAAUGUAAUGUUGUUUUAUUAAGUUAUAUUAUAUAUUAAGUAAUUUUAAUAUAUUAAGUAAUUUUAUAAUAGCAAUAAUAUUUUACAGUUUCAUAAUGUUAACUAUGUAGUUAUGUUAUGUGUAGUAUUUAUUAGAUACCUAAAUAUAUUGUUGAGUAUGUACUUGUACCAAGCGUUGUUUUAUAAAGUUGCAUUCAAUUAUAUUGAAAUUCACGUGUACAAUUUCAACCUGAAUCACAUCGCACGUCAUACGUGUACCUAUUACGAGUAUGUAGGUCAAAUUCUGACUUAGCAUUUUAGUUGUUAUAUAGCAGAUCACAUUUGGAAUUUAUACAGUAAUUGUUUAUUAGUUUUGUGAAUCAGUCUAUUAGUCACAAUGGGUAUCAACGAGAGCAAAGAUAAUACUGCUAUUGCCCAAGCGCAAGUUGUCCCCGGACAUCUCGAUAAUAAGAUCAAUAAUUUUGGUAUAGUGCUUAUAGUUAUUGCGGUACUAUUAUCAGUAAUUCUGUGCUACGGAAUGCGGAUUCACUGCCAUCGGAAAAUCAGAAACUGGCUAAAAAAGGAAAUGACGGUGGGGCACGUCAAUCCACCUGUAGUCAGGAUACAAACUGUGCAACAGCAGCCCGCCACCAACGCAACUGAUACGGCUGGUUAUAUUUAAAGUGUGAUUAUAUGUGAUUAUAUUUGAAGUGUUUAUUACUAACUCUAUUUUAUUUAUUAAGCAUUUAUAUACCUAAUGCCCCAAAAGAGAGGCAAUUGUACGAAGUAUGUUAUUGUUAACUAUGUUUUGUUUACGUAAUAAUUCUUGUGAACGUAGUUUGUACUUGCGAUUCGUGCAACUCGUCGCAUUACAUUACCGAUGACUCGGCACCCGCUGCUGUGACACAGUGCGUUGCUAACUACUAGGAUUAUAUAUUAUAUAGAUAUAUUGUAUAAUUUUAAACUUAAAAUUUUUAUUGUAACAAAAAAAUUUUUUUAAGGGGAGGAAUAUUGUAGGGACACGUAAGCGCUUGCGCAUGCAGUUAUUGCAUUACACCGCACCAGUUGCCCGGCGCCGGUCUUUAUGUAAACACAUGUACCAUCUUACGGAAUAAACGGUGUUUUCAUUA